AUGUCCAGCAACACUUCAGGAUCUGACUUUCUGCUCCUGGAAUUCUCAGAGGUUUGGGAACUACAGAUUCUGCACUUUCUUGUGUUCCUUUUAUUGUAUGUGGCAACUCUUACUGGGAAUCUUCUCAUCAUCUUUACAAUAGCCUUUGAUCAUCAUCUGCACACCCCUAUGUAUUUCUUUCUCAUGAACUUGGCCAUGCAGGACCUUGGUGAAAUUUCAGUCAUUGUCCCCAAAUCCAUGAUGAAUUCCCUCAUGAAUACCAGACACAUUUCUUACUCUGGGUGUGUUACUCAAGUUUUCUUGUUUGUUUUCUUUUUAGCAUCUGAUGUUUUCCUCCUCACAGUCAUGGCGUACGAUCGGUAUGUUGCCAUUUGCAAUCCUUUCCAGUAUGAAAUGAUAAUGAACAUGAGAGAUUGUAUUAAAAUGGUUGUCACCACAUGGAUCAGCGGUCUUCUCUAUGGAGCAUUGCACACCACUGGUACCUUCACAAUUUCCUUCUGCUCUAACAUUGUUAAUCAGUUCUUCUGUGAAAUACCACAGUUACUUAAGCUUGCUUGUUCUGAUUCAUACCGCAUUGAGCUUGGGGUAGUUGUGUUAAGUGUUAUCCUAUUGUUUGGGUGUUUUAUCUUCAUUAUUGUAACUUAUAUACACAUCUUCAUUGUGGUGCUUAGAAUCCCAUCUGUACGGGGAAGAAACAAAGCCUUCUCAACAUGUGUUCCCCACCUCACAGUCUUCUCCACCUUAGUAUUCACUGGAUCCUUUGCCUACCUGAUGCCGACUUCCAAAAUCCCAUCCCAUUUUGAUUUAGUAUUAUCUGUGAUAUAUUCCAUGAUUUCACCCUUGCUGAAUCCUUUGAUCUACAGCAUGAGAAAUCAAGAGAUCAAAGUUGGCGUGAAAAAACUAUUAAGGUUGAAGUACCCUUCUAACAGUACUUGA